AGCACCAUUUAUUAAUUGUAACUGCAAGAGUUCCUAACGGUGUCACAUCCGGUUGAAAUAUUCCAUAUAUUUCUUUGCAAACUCAAAUAAAAAAUAUUUUUUUUUGUACUAAAAAUGGCUUCACGUGUAAUCUCUUUGGCUUCCAUUGCCCUGUUCGCUGUCUUGGCGAUCGGCGUCGUCAAUUGCGCUGUCGUCAAGGAUGUUAGUGGUAGCGGUAUAAUGCGUGAAGAUUUGCGCGAUAUAACGGUUGUUGAGGAUAUCAGUGAAUUCAAGAAGAAUCAUCCAGGUUUGACGUUGUUGCCGCUGAAGAGAGACAGCGGCAAGGGGAGAACGCAAACUGUGCGCUACACGCUGAAUGCGCGUGUAUCAGGUGAUCGCUUGGUCGCCCAGGCUGCCGAUGCUUUCAAUUAUGAUGCAGAGAAGGAUGUGACCAUCCAGUUGACUUAUCCCCAAGCGGGCGCCGGCAGUAUUAUCACUUAUGUGGAAAUUGUUUGCCAACAGGAUAGCAAUGAUGGUAACGCCUAUGUUGUUGCUGGCGGUAUUGGUCAACGUUUCAUUUCCAUUGUUUUGGAGGCCUCUCAGACCUUGAGCUUCUCCUACAACGCCCAAUACUAUGGCACCGAUUGAAAAUAGUUGCGAAUGCUUUGUAAAAUUAAAAAAUAGUCAAGUAACUGUUUCUGUGCAUUAAACAUUAUAUACAUACUACAUACAUAUGUACAAAAAGUAAA